UCGAGUAUCCGGAAAUAUUCCGUAUACUACGCCUCGUUUUAAGAAUGCACACAUGCGCUCUCUCCCUCCCUUUCCCGUCAUCAAAGGAAGCUCAGAUAGCAUGUAAUUCACUAUCAGUCGACCCAGAGCCGAGACGAGAUGUCUCCAAGUCCCUUUCGGUAGAAAGCAAUGUACUAAGCAUUCAUUUCUCAGCGAGUGAGGCAAGGCUGCUAAGAGUAGCUGUUGGAUCAUUUAUGGAGCACCUUAUCUUAGUGGUAGAGACACUGAGGGAGUUUGGCCCUCCUCUACAGCAAGAAGAAGAUGAUUAGCAACUUUUUUGUUCAUUAUAAUAUGUGUUUGUAUGUUCAUUUUUGAGAUUACAAAAUGAUUAAAAAUAGAGUA